UUUCAACAGGGUCUGUGUUUUAAUGGGAGUGCCUUCAUUUUGUACCUCAUUGCCGCCAUUGUAGAUGCAUCUUCAGUCACCAAAGAACUGGACAGUCACAAUUACAACAGUUGGGCAGCUUCUUUGUUCUUUGCCUUUGUGGUUGCCUCCUGCUAUGCUGGAAAUACAUAUUUUAGCUUUAUAUCGUGGCGAUCAAGAACUUUGCAGUAAAAACUGUGUUAAAAUGAAUUCUGUAGAAUAAAAUGUCUUGAGGAUUAUACUCUUCUUGAUGGAAGAUUGGAACAAGGAUUAGAUCUUCUGGAACACUUCUGUUGUAAUUGAAGAAAUAUAUUUAAACUUAGAUUAAAAUGAAUAUUUAUAAUAUGAUAUCAUAUUUAGUGACAUCUAACACUGACUUUGUACUGUAUAAUAAAAUUUCAUACUGCUUCUUUUAAAAUUAACAUGGUAUUUUUCUAGACAUUGUAUAGAUGUUAUAACUAAACCUUUAAUAAACUUCACUCAGAUUAUGUGCCAGUUUUGUAAAUUUAACUUUUUAAAUGUCACCUUUGUGCUUUUGAUAAUGAAUGCUACAAAUCAAAAGUAAGAUUGAUAUUAUAUGUAUACAAAGUGACCUUGUGAAAAAAAAAAUACCAAAAAGCUUUAAAGAGAAAUAAAUAAUUGACCCAGCUUUGAAUGUUUUGUAAA